UGCUCUUCUGCUAAUCCAUGCAGCUCUUACAAAUUACAUAUAAAAACACCACCGAAUUAUUCUAUAUUUUUAACAAAAAAUCUAUUUCACCCUUUCGCUCUCUCUCUCUUACCCGCCAUUUCUUUUCGUCUGCACUCACCCCGCCUCCUUCUCUCCCGCUCACCCUUUUUUUUUCUUUCUUUUUUUCAAAGUAGACCGCAUGUCUGCCGUUACCUGCUGCUCUCCCUGAGAUCUGUUCGGCUGCCUCCAGCUGUCACCCACCCUGCGAUCACAAAGCCAGGACCCCAAAACUCUCCGAGCCCAAACACGGGACCCGCAGACCCCCGUCCCGACUGCAAACCCAGGACCCCGAAAACUACUUUUGAGAAGACGCAAUGGCGGGCAUUCCUGCAGUGCACCUGAGCACACUCUGUCUGGCCCUCUUUUGCUCAUCUGUACUGGGACAUGCCAUGGACAACAGCACGUGGACUCCCCCUUCUACAUCGACACCUGAGGCUCACCAAUCAGAGCGUCCCGCUACUGAACUGUACACCACCGUCUCGGCUGCCACGGAAACAAGCGCGGGACCCGACGCGAAUAUCACCAAGCCCACGACCCCCCCUGGCCCGACCACGCUAAUCACACGUGGCAGGACCGACGGACAGCCCCGGGAAAUGACGAGCGUCAAGGGCACCCCGACAACGAGUAGUCAAACGCCGCAAAGCCCUACAGUACCGAGCUCCUCCAGUUCCGUCCCUAUCGUCGUCAGCCUGGUGGUGCUGAUAGUCGUGCUCAUCCUCCUCCUGUACGUCCUGUCCCUGUUCCGAAAUCGCCGCUGGGCCCGGGGUGCGUGGGGGUGCCUGGGGCGCGCGGUGGCCAGAGCGAGAGCCGCCCUGAGCUGGCUGGGGAUCCGUCUGUGGCCCGGGAAGAGCGGGGGGCGGGAGGACGAAGAGGAGGAUGAGGAGGAUGAGGGGAACAGCGAGAGAGAGGGGGAUGUGGAGCUUGGGAAUGGGAUGGCUGCAGAGGUCGAGAAAGAGAAGAGGGAGGAGGAGGAGGAAGAGGACUCCUCAGACGACUACUCCAGCAUGGAGGGGUUUGACCCGAGGGAGAGGGCCAGGCAGGGCAAGGAGGAAGAUGAGGAGAGAGGGAAGGGCCCGAGUCAGUGUGAGGACAGAGAGGAAGAAGGGAAGAGCGGAGAGGCGGUUCUCCUGGAGAGAAGUAAGGAAGGGGGGAUGGAGGAGUGCGACCUCACAGCACUGUGAAAAACAGAGAGAAUAAGAGUGACAGGGGUGUUGGGCGGGGGGCUAACCAAUGUGAAUUGAGGGGGGGUGCGUUCGCUAUACAAGAUGAUAUGAGGAGGAGAACUGGUAUUUUCUGACACCCAUAUAUCUGGAGCGCUUACAGCUGCAGAUAUUACAAUGUUAAAAUCAAACAAUGAACUGAACAAUUGUAAAAUAUUUGUAUGAUAAACAAUUGGUGCAGUUGAUCACAUUAUAGACUUCCACGUUUCAUAGGAAAUCUCAUGUAUGUAAUGUGUAAUAUGUAUACAUGUGUAAUGGGAAUGCAUUGUCAACCAGCAAAUAAAUUCUAUUCAUGAUGUUCUUUCA